UGGCUUGAUUUUUGUAUCUUUAGAUCUAUUACGUUUUAGAUUUGUUGGUUCUGUUCAUAAGUGUUCUGGUUCUUGGAGAUUCGACAAGAUUGCUUCUAGUCUGUUUUCUUCGAUCCGUAAGUAGAACAAUAGACGGAGAUGGAGAAUCUACCACCUGGUUAUCGUCCCAAUGUUGGUGUUUGUCUAAUCAAUUCGGAUAAUCUGGUAUUUGUAGCUUCAAGAUUGAAUGUUCCUGGAGCAUGGCAGAUGCCACAGGGAGGCAUUGAAGAUGGAGAGGAUCCAAAGUCAGCAGCCAUGAGAGAGUUACAAGAAGAAACUGGAGUCGUUUCAGCUGCAAUCAUCGCUGAGGUUCCAAAUUGGUUGACAAAUGAUUUCCCACCUGCAGUAAAAGCAAAAGUUAACCGUCUCUGGGGCGGUGAAUGGCAUGGUCAAGCGCAGAAAUGGUUUCUAGUGAGACUGAUAAACGACGAGGACGAAAGAGAGAUCAAUCUAGCUAACAAUGAAGCGGAUUCAGAGUUUGCGGAGUGGAAAUGGGCGAGACCGGAAGAAGUGGUAGAGCAAGCAGUCGAUUACAAAAGGCCAACGUAUGAACAAGUCAUAAAGACUUUUGGUUCUUACUUGAAUGAUCCAGGAAGAGCUGCUAAAUGUAAAUCUGCCAAGUGGUGAUAAGGAAACCAAUGUUUGUCUUUUGCUUUGUGUUCAUUUUGUAAAUUGGUUAUUGGUACUAGAAGGUUUUGGUUUAACUUGAGGGUUUUAUUGUAAUAAAGUCUUGGUCUGGAUCUGCAAAAAGGAAUGACUUGUGUAUGUCCUUGUAACUUAUUAUAACCACCAAAGUGUAAGGAAUUCAAAGGUUAAGAAUAUUCUCAAUAGUACAUGUUUAUAUA